AUGGCGCUCCAGGAUGUCCGGAGGGAGGUGGUGCAGAUCCACGUGAACACAGCCCGAGAUAGGAGCAGUCCCACAGCCUUGGUGACCAAACCACCAGCUGACCCAGAAAAGCUGCGCAGGAUCACCGAAAGCCUGCUGGAGGAGGAGGCUGAAGAGGAGGAAGGCGACCUGUGCCGGAUCUGCCAGUGUGGGGGUGGCACCCCCGAAAACCCACUGCAGAUGCCCUGCCAGUGCACUGGCAGUCUGCAGUAUGUGCACCAGGACUGCCUGAAGAGGUGGAUCCAAACAAAAGUCCAGUCAGGAGCAGAGUUAGCUGCUGUGAAGACCUGUGAGCUGUGUAAGGCAAGCCUCCACCUGGAUCUGGAGGACUUCGAUGUGGAGGAAUGCUACCGAAGGCACCGCCAGACACAGGUGGAACGGGUCAGACCAGAGCUGCACCUGCUUCUGCUCCUUCAACAGAGGCUCUUGGAUGUGGUGCAGGCGGUAGAGUCACACAGCAAUACCACCUUCGGGGUGAGCAUGUUGCCCGCCAUGCAGCUACAGCACUGA